CAUGAGAGUUUUCUAAUCCUCCAACAGAGAAAACAUCGAGUCGCUCCGGCUGCUACCAGCGACGAGGAAAAGAAGAAGAAAAGAAGAACAGAAGGUAACGACACUCAUUUAAUGCUGCUUUCAGUAUCUGUCAGAAAUAAAGAAAGUCACUGAAUAGUGCAGUUCUUUGGAGUCUUUCUGUCACUUAAGUUCCAAUAAUGAAUAAAAUAAACACAAUCUGUUUCUUCCUUCAUCUGCAGCUCUCCAACCGGAAACUGUAACCUGGACGAGGUCGUGGCAUUCAGUGUCGCUAUUGAGGAGUUCCUCCUGUCAACUGAGUUGCCCAACCUCAACGCGUUCAUGGUGCAGUUGUUCCAGGAUCAGUUUAGCAGAUGGGGAGUCAAGUUGGUGUCAGUCACCGUCAACCGCUUCAGCUUUCCUAAUCUUGGACAGAGUUGCUACAUUAACUCCAGACUACAGAGCCUCCUGACACUGGAGGACUUUGUAUCUGAUGUCAGCCGCCAGGAUUUGGUCUUGAGUUCACUCCCUGAGGCCCGACUGAUGAGAACCUUCAUGGCCAUCAGAGAUGCCCGCGCGUCCACAAGUGCCCAAAGUAAAGUCUGCCUCCUCCGCUCAUUCAAGGAGGCGGUCUCUGCCCAGGCUCCAGAGUUCAGGGAUCAUCAGCAGAAAGACGCUCAUGAAUUCCUGACCUCGAUCCUAGAACAGAUGAGGAGCCUGUCUCCCUUGCUGCAGGAGACUGCUGCCAACAUGGGCACUAAAUACACCUGCCCUGUUGAAGAUCACCUGGUGUUCAAGAUGGAGAACACCAGGACAUGCAGCAGGUGUGGCGCUCAGUCCAAAAGGCAGGAGGAGUUCACUAACCUGUCUCUGGACUUGGUUUCUGGUGGCUCCGUGGACAAGAUGUUGGAGGAGUACCAGAAGGAGACAGCGUUGGAGUAUCGGUGCGAGUGUGGAGGGAGCGAAUCUCACCAGAAGUCGGCCUUCGAGACCCUGCCGAGUGUGCUCAUCCUCCACAUAAAGCGCUUCCGCUUCACCCCUUCCUGGCAGCUGGUGAAGGUGCGUGACCCCGUCAUGCUGACCAGGGAGCUGGUGGUGUCCUCCAAACAGGUUCAUUCUCAGGAUGGCGGCUGCUACAGCAUGGUCAGCACCAUCAGUCAUCUUGGGGUAUCAGGAGACAAAGGUAUGAAAAUCACACACCGAAUGCUGAAUGUGGCUUUCUGUAGUCCUCUAUCGUGGGCUCAAAUAUGUUACAGAGUCUUUCAGUGGUGAGAAGAACUGCUUUCAAUAAAUCUCCUUUAAUGUCGUUAACCUGCAUAACCUCUGCUGCAUCUCAAAGUGUUAACAACCAUCUCUUUCCUGUUAGGACACUAAAUCUGUGACAGCGUGCAUCCUGAUGAGCGUCCAGACACGCCAACUGACCACUGGCUCACCUUCAACGAUGCAGCGGUCAGUGAGA